AUGACGGGGAAGGUUCCCGUGUUCUCCCCCGGCUCCACAGUGAGCUCCGCUCUGCCCGGCUAUGUCGCUCUCUGCCUCGCUCUAGAGGUUCACAGGCUGGCAUCAGCACAGUUCACAGUGAUUGGACCUGACCGUCCAGUCACUGCCUCCCUAGGGGGUGAGGCCGUCCUGUCCUGCCACCUCUCCCCCAGGAUGAGCGCUGAGAACAUGGAGGUGAGAUGGUUCCAAUCCCAGUACUCUGCAGUGGUGCACCUGUACCGUGAUGGGCAGGAUCAGUACAGACAGCAGAUGCCGGAAUAUCAAGGAAGAACUGAGCUCUUGAGAGAUGACAUCACCGAUGGGAGAGUUUCCCUGAGAAUACGCGAUAUCCGACUCUUCGACGAGGGACAGUACACGUGCUUUUUUCAGUCCAGUGUCACUUACGAAGAAGCUUUAUUGGAACUGCAGGUGGCAGGUUUGGGCUCUGCUCCUGUCAUCUCUGUGGCGGGACAUCAGGACAGAGGGAUCCGGGUGGUGUGUCGAUCACCCGGAUGGUACCCACAGCCCGAGGCUCAGUGGAGAGAUCUCCAGGGGCAGCUCUUACCAUCAGUCUCUGAAAACAUAUCCCGAGAGGCCGAUGGCCUGUUUCAAGCAGAGAUUGCCAUUGUUCUAACAGAAGAGUCCAACCAGAAAGUGUCCUGCUGUAUCAAGAACCCCCGUCUCAACCAGGAGAGAGAGUCGACCAUUUACGUAGCAGAGCUGUUUUUCCCGAGAGUCAAUCCCUGGAUGGUGGCUCUGGCGGUGAUCCUGUCUCUCCAGGCUGUUCUCGUUGCCCUGGCCGGUUACUGCUUCUGGAGGCAACACAGAGAGAAAGGUGAAGUAACAAGAGGCAGGAAUUUGGUAACUGAAUUAGCUCAUGAUCGCUCGAACCAAGACAAACUCCAGGCUGAGCUCAAGUGGAGAAACGCCCAGGACUACGCAGUGGACGUGACUCUGGAUCCCAACACGGCUCAUCCCAACCUCGUCCUGUCUGAGGAUCAGAAAACUGUGACAUACGAUGAUAGACGACAGGAUCGACCUGAGAAUCCUGAGAGAUUUACUACUUAUCCCACUGCCCUGGGUGCAAACAGAUUCACAGGCGGGAAGUUUUACUGGGAGGUGGAGAUGGGAGACAAAACAAGUUGGACUGUGGGGGUUUGUAGGGAAUCUGUGAUCAGGACGGGGAAGGUCAGACUCACUCCUGGGAAUGGACACUGGGCUGUGUGGCUGAGGGAUGGGAAAUACGAGGCCUGCACCUCACCCCCCAGGACCCCUCUCCCUGUGAGUGCCAUGCCCAGCCGAGUGGGGAUUUUCCUGGACUAUGAGAGGGGCGAGGUCUCAUUUUACAAUGUGACUGACAGGUCCCAUCUCUUCACUUUCCCUGACACCUUCUCCGGGACGCUCCGUCCUUAUUUUUAUGUUGGUUACAAAGAGGAGGGUAAAAACACAGCUCCCCUGACAAUCUGCCCUGUCCCAGCUCAGGCCGGAGGGAAUCUCUGUCCCUGA